AUGAAACCACUCGAUAAGGUGGGAGCGAUCCCUAAUGAGAGCUCAAUAGAGGAGGCUAUGNNNNGCUCUCAGCAAUAUCGCGCCCUUACCGUGCCCGAGUUGACCCAGCAAAUGUUCGAUGCCAAGAACAUGAUGUGCGCGUCUGAUCCUCGACAUGGUAGAUAUCUGACCGCUACCGCUCUCUUCCGUGGCCGAAUGUCGACCAAGGAAGUCGAUGAGCAAAUGCUCAAUGUCCAGAAUAAGAACUCGAGUUACUUUGUCGAGUGGAUCCCCAAUAACAUCAAGAGCGGUGUCUGCGAUAUCCCCCCCAAGGGCCUCAAGAUGGCCGUGACCUUCUUGGGUAACUCCACUGCCAUCCAAGAGAUGUUCAAGCGGGUGGCUGAACAAUUCACUGCAAUGUUCCGAAGGAAGGCUUUCCUCCAUUGGUAUACUGGUGAGGGUAUGGAUGAGAUGGAGUUCACUGAGGCUGAGUCCAACAUGAACGACUUGGUUUCCGAGUACCAACAGUACCAAGAUGCCACUGCUGAGGAAGAAGGUGAAUUCGACGAAGAGGAAGGCGAGUAUGAUAUGGAACCCAUGUAA